AAACACUUGGAUCUGAUUUUUUCCUGCACGUCUACUUGUGUCAUUACGGUACAGGACGAACCAACAAACUAAAUAAGUAAGAAAGAAAUAUCUGGUGGGUUCUGGUUCACAUUUUAAAAUCUGGUUUCCUUCAUAUUUUUGCUAAAACUUUGUUUUGAUUCUUGUUCACAAAUUCCCUCAUUAAUACUGAACAAUAUUUCAAGUCAUUUUACUUUUUAUUUAUCUUCUUAAAAGAGGACAAAAAUAUCACAGAGAAGACUUGUAAAAAAGAAAGUGCAGUGAAAUGACUUGAGUCCUGGUUUAGAUCCAGAAAGGUUUUAAAAAAGAAACUAAACUUGUUGAGUUAUUUUGAGAAGACGUUUAUAUAAGAGGAAAAUUAAUCAUAAACAACGAGCCUUGUUCUAAAGGUCUGAAUGUGAGUAAACGGUCUGUGUCUGUGAAAUAGUAAUAACAGAAUUAAUGAGGUCAUCGUGGUGAAAUAUGAAGGAAAUCGGAUUUAGAAUCUGAACCAGAACCAUUUUUGCUUUUGCUUUCCACCGAAUAAACGUUUUUUGUUUGUUUGUUACGACACAUUUUUAUUCUUUGGUUUCAACCCAACAUGACACCCUGCUCUUGUUUAUUUUUUAAAAUUGUUUAAUUGUUUUAUUGACUUUCUGAAUUGUUUUAUUGUUUUUUAAUUGUUUUACUGCUUUUAAUUGUUUGUCUUCUGUUCUUAUUCUUAUCUAUGUGCAGCGCGUCGCUGUGGCUUUUUAUAAAGUGCUCUAUAAAUAAAGUUGAGUUGAGAGACACGUGCUUUUUGGCCUGUCUCGGCACCUGUACCGUAAAUGCAGAAGUAGACGCACAAGAAAACAAAUCCGGAUCAAACCGGUUUGGUCUGGAAUUACGUCACAGUCCAUUCAUCUUUAGUGAGAUUUAACGGUUCUUAUUUCAUCAAAAACAAACAAACGAAAGCAGCAGUUUCUGGUUCAGAUAGUUUUUCAUCAGAUAACCCGGUUUCUUUCUUUCUGUUUUUGUUCACAGUAUUAAAAAUGUUCAGUAUUAGUAUUCAGUAUCAGUAUCUCUCUCUCUUUAUCUCUCAGUGAAAUGAAACUUACUUUAUACUUUUACAAAUCUGAACCACAAUCCACCAAAUAAACGUUUUGUUUAUUUUUUUGAGACACGUGUUUCUUGGCCUGUCCCGGCACCCGUACCGUAACUUCAGACAUAGACGCGCAUGAAAAAAAAAACCUGAAAAAAACCACAGCUUAAGUUACCGCAGAAAAUCAAGUUUAGUUUAAAAAUAACGCGAAAUAAAAACCAAAUUGUCCUGAAAGUUGAGCUGUGACAGGAAACACCGAAGGUUCCGGGAACCACGGGGACGAAGGAGCCGUUAAAGUUUAGGAAAGUGAGGAAUUCACGACCAUUAAACUAGUUAAACUCACCUCUUCUCUCUCCAGGUCACUCUACCUGGACUUUACCUGACAGUGGACGUCAUGCGGGUGUCCCAGGUGUCCCCUCGUCUCUACCUGUCUGACCUGGACUCGGCUCUGAAGACCAGCAUCUUGACGUCCAGGAACAUCUCGCUGGUCGUCAACGCCAGCGGCCUGGACACCGUCUCCUACCCGCCCCUGGACGGCCUGCAGGUCCUUCACGUCCCCGUCCAGGACCAGCCCCAUGCCCCCCUCAGAGACUUCUUCCACCUCGUAGCGGACAGGAUCCACCAGAACCGAACCGGCUCCACUCUGGUCCACUGCAGCGCCGGCAGGAGCCGCUCCCCGGCUCUGGUCAUGGCCUACCUGAUGAGAUGUGAGGGUCUGAGCCUCUGUCAGGCUCAUGGUCUGGUUCUGGAGCGGCGUCCAUUCAUCCGGCCCAACGCCGGGUUCUGGAGGCAACUCAUGGAGUUCGAGUCCAGUCUUUUUGGCCGAAACACGGUUGCCAUGGUGACAACGUCGGCCGGAGUCCUGCCCGCGGUUCUGGAGAACUCCCAGGGCCCAGGAACCUGUAUCAACAUCUGAGCCCACGGAGCC